AUGUCCGGGUCCACGCGCACCGCCUCUGGGUCCUGCGGUCACGGCACUUCGGGGUCUUGGUUGGGCGACCAGGACGCCCUGCCCGACCUCAGCCACGAGGACCAGGUCGCGGUCCUCGCCAUCCACGCCGAGCGGGAGGCGCAAGUUGCGCGCCGGGGCGUCAUCAACCGGAUCAUCGCAAACCUCGACCAGCAGGAGCGAGAGCUCUUUGGCGCCGCGGACAACGAGGGAGGAGAAGGGAUGGGCACGGGGUCCGAUGGGUCCGACACCGAGGACAAGGGCAGGGACAACGAUGAGUAG